GUUCGGGACGUGUGGAAGUGGAACCUGGCCGAGGAGAUGGCGGCCAUCACGUCGCUGCUGCCGACGCACACGGUGGUGACCAUCGACACGGAGUUCCCGGGCGCGGUGCACGACUCGACCACGCCGCGCGACCAGCGGAGCCCCAAGGAGGCCUACGCGCUCGUCAGGAGCAACGUGGACCACCUGAAGCACCUACUGCAGCUCGGACUCACGCUCUCCGGGCCAGGGGGCAGCCACCCCGUCGUGUGGCAGUUCAACUUCCGGGGCUUCGACGAGGGGCGCCACCCGCACGCGCCGGAGUCCAUCGCCAUGCUCAAGGCCCACGGCAUGGACUUCGGCAGGCUCCGCGAGGACGGCAUCGACCCGGGUGACUUUGCCGACGAGUUCAUGCGCUCCGGCCUCAACCACCGCCGCCCGCGCCGGGGCAAGGCCGCCCAAGAGCCCCUCACGUGGGUGGCAUUCUCGGGCUCCUACGACUUCGCCUACCUCGCCAAGCUGCUCCGCCGCGGCCGCGGGUUGCCGCAGAAGCUCGAGCACUUCACGAGGCUCGUGGAGAAGCUCUUCGGCCAGUGGGUGCUCGACGCCAGGUACAUUGCCACGACCUGCGGCAGCCACGGAGGCCUGGAGAAGGUGGCCGCCGAGCUCGGCGUCCAGCGCCGCGCCGGCGUCGCCCACAGCGCCGGAUCCGACAGCCUUCUCACCGCCGACGUGAUGCUCGCCAUUGUGUUGUGCCUCGAGGGGCCCCCCAACUACCAGGACGUGCGCAGGAUACACGCCGGAAAGAUCGAUGGGCUCGUCAAACUAGACCUGCAGACAUGCAAAGAUGUUACUCCUAUGUUAUAUUGCUUCAAGUAA